CUCCCCAUCGCACGUCUUGGCGUGCCCGUCGGCCAAAUCCGAGAUUGAUAAUAUCGCCAUGAAUCAGCCCACCCACUCACCAUCGCACACUCCACCACCACCACCACAAUGUCGGCACUGGUCAUCGCGCAGGCCGGCGUGGACGAGCACGCGCGGUUGCUGAGGGAUGGCGGUGGCGGCGGGGCACGCUACGGCGGCGCUGACGACGACACCUCGUCGACAGCGUCCGCUGACAGCGACCUCGACAACACGCCCCACGUGCCCCUCAAACAUGGCAUGUCGACGGCGCGGCUCGUCAUUGUGUGGUACUCGGCCCUAGGCAUCUGGUCCUCAAACUUUGCCUUCGCAGUACAAGGCACCGCGAUCCCAACGCUAGCCCCAACAAUCUCCUCGCACUUCAACCAUACCGAGCUGGCCGCGUACCUGGGCAGCGUGUUCGGGCUGGCCAACACGGCCGGCAUACCAGUGUACGGCGUGCUCAUCGACACGUUGGGACGGCGCUUCGCGAUGCUCGUCGCGUGCGGCCUGUUCGGCGUGGGCACGGUCGCGUGUGCGCUCGCGCCGGGCAUGUAUGCGCUCAUCGCGGCGCGCGGCGUUGCGGGGCUCGGCGGCGGGGGGCUGUUGGCGGUCAGCGCGGUGAUAUGUACCGACUUGGUCGAGCUGCGCGAGAGGGGCUUCUACCAGGGCAUCAUGAUGACCAUCUUCGGCAUCGGGUCGACGCUCGGCGGCCCGCUGUCGGGCUACCUGGCAGACCACUACGGCUGGCAGUGGUCCUUCUGGGUCCAAGUACCCAUUAUCCUAUGGUGCGCGCUCAUCGUCAUCCUCUUCCUGCCGGAACCGCCGACGCCGCCGACGCACAAGAGCGCGGUCAAAGGGCUCCUGAGCCUCGACUGGGCCGGCACGGGGUUGCUCGUCGGCACCAUCUCGGCGCUCAUCCUCGGGCUGUCCCUCCACACGUCGUACUUCUACGCUUGGUCCGACGUGCGCGUUGCCGGCCUGCUCGCUGCCUCCAUAGUCGGGCUACUCGCCUUCGUGCGCGUCGAAGACCGUGCCGCGCGACCCAUCAUCCCGCUCUCGCUGUUCCACUCGCGCCAGCUCGUCGCGCUGUGGAUCUCGUCGGCGCUCAUAUCCUCCGUCAACUUGGGGUUCCAGUUCCAGAUCCCCACGUUCUUCUCUGUGCUCGCCGACGCGCCGGCUGCCGAGGCUGGCCUCGUCGUGUCGAUCUGCAGCGGUAUCGGCCUGUCGACGGGCACGCUGCUCGCAGGAUACCAUAUUCGCCGCGGCGGAGGAUACAUCACGCUCGGGCGCGCCGCUGUCGUGAUCAUCAUCAUCGCGCCGCUCGUGGCUGCCAAGUGGCUGCCCAGCUGGCCGUGGUGGUCGUUCUACGCGACGGCGGCACCCGCGUCGUGGGGGUACGCGACGUUUCUCUGCGUCUCGCUCAUCGCGCUCAUCUCCAGCGUCGACAGACACACAAUGCCCAAAGCGACCGCAUUGCUAUACACCGUGCGCUCGCUCGGCGCGACGCUCGGCGUGUCCCUCGGCGGGAGCGUGCAGGUCGGCGUGCUCGUCUCGGGGCUCGAGAAGCGCUUCAGGGGCCCGCCCAACGCCGAGGGCAUCAUCAACGCCAUCGUGCACUCGAAAGAGGCGAUCAAGGACCUGCCUGCCAGCCAGCGCGCGCUCGCGCUCGAUGCGUACGCGGUCAGCAUUAGCGUCGUGUGGGUUGCUUGUGCUGGCGUCGGCUUCUUGACCCUGCUCGCGGCGCUGUUUAUCCGCCAGAAUGAUAUCCACGAAAGGACGAAGCCUGUGGAGGGGGAGGACGAGGAGAGAUAAGACGAACAGAAGAGGUUAGAGCGUGCCGCGUACCAUUAGAAUGUAGAGCUG